AUGUCUUUGGGAUUUGGCCGUAUCCAAGCAAAUGCCUUGGCUGCUGUGGGGAGCUUUUUGACCCUGCCGGUGACCCUUUUCUUCGCAUGGCUCAGUGACAGGAUUAACAACCGUGGCCUCGCUGUUUCCAUUGCAAUUGCGACCUAUCUUAUUGCUUUGAUUGUCCUGAGAGUUGCCCAGAUGCAUGUCGACAAAUGGAGCAAGUUUGGGCUAUGGACUAUUGUCAAUGGUCUAGCCGUUGGUUAUCAUCCAAUCCAUAAUGCCUGGAUCCAGAUGAACUGCCAGAACGCAGCAGAAAGGAGCAUCAGCGUAGCUUGUGAUGACCGCUACUAG